AUGCAGUACACAGGACACAGGACACAGGACACAGUACACAGUAUACAGGACACAGUAUACAGGACACAGGACACAGUACACAGUACAGAGGACACGGUACACAGGACACGGUACACAGGACACAGUACUCAGGACACGGUACACAGGACACGGUACACAGGACACGGUACACAGGACACAGUACUCAGGACACAGGACACAGUACUCAGGACACAGUACACAGGACUCAGGAUACAGGACACAGUACUCAGGACACAGUACUCAGGACACAGUACUCAGGACACAGUACACAGGACACAGUACACAGGACACGGUACUCAGGACACAGGAUAUGGUACACAGGACACAGUACACGGACACAGUACACAGUACAGAGGACACGGUACACAGGACACAGUAAACAGUACAGAGGACACGGUACACAGGACACAGUACACAGUACAGAGGACACAGUACAGAGGACACAGUACUCAGGACACAGGACACAGUACUCAGGACACAGGACACAGUACACAGGACACAGUACUCAGGAUACAGGACACAGUACAUAGUACUCAGUACGCAGGACACGGUACUCAGGACACAGGAUAUGGUACACAGGACACAGUACACGGUACACAGGAUGCAGUACACAGGACACAGUACACAGGGCGCAGGACACAGGACGCAGUACGCAGUACUCAGGACACAGUACUCAGUACUCAGGACACAGGACACAGUACACAGGACACACGACACAGUACACAGUACACAAGACACAGUACACAGUACUCAGGACACAGGACACACGACACAGGACACACGACACAGUACACGGUACACAGGAUGCAGUACACAGGGCGCAGGACACAGGACACAGUACUCAGGACACAGUACUCAGGACACAGGAUGCAGUACACAGUACUCAGGACACAGUACUCAGGACACAGUACUCAGGACACAGUACACAGUACUCAGGACACAGUACAUAGUACUCAGGACACAGGACACAGGACACAGUACACAAGACACAGUACACAAGACACAGUACACAGGACACAGCACAUAGUACACAGUAUACAGUACACAGGACACAGUAUACAGGACACAGGACACAGGACACAGUAUACAGUACACAGGACACAGGACACAGUAUACAGUACACAGAACACAGUACACAGGACAGAGGACGCAGUACACAGGAGGCAGGACACAGGACGCAGGACACAGUACACAGGACACACAACACAGUACACAGGACACAGUAUACAGGACACAGAAUACAGUACACAGUACACAGGACACACAACACAGGACACAGUACACAGUACAGAGGACACAGUACUCAGGACACAGUACACAGGACACAGUACAUAG